AUUUCCUUUCUUACAUGUUAAAAACCAAUAUAAAUACGGUGAAGAAGGACUCAGGCGUGGUUUGAGACUGUGAGCACUUAGCAGAGAGGAAGAAAGAUGAUCAUCCCUGUUCGUUGUUUCACCUGCGGAAAGGUCAUUGGAAACAAAUGGGAUACCUAUUUAGACCUUCUGCAGUCAGAUUACAGUGAAGGAGAUGCCCUGGAUGCUUUGGGACUGGUUCGAUAUUGCUGUAGGCGCAUGCUUAUGACCCAUGUCGAUCUCAUUGAGAAGUUAUUGAAUUACAACACUCUGGACAAGUCUGAUCCCAGUUAAGAAGGCCUUAGGGAGCAAAGGAUGACCAAGAUGUUUCAGUUGAAUUCCAUGCUAUCUGGCCAAUGAACAAUCUUUUUUCCUUUUCUGAAUUGUUUUGCUACAAGCUGGUCAUGGUUGUGUGCUGGUUCAUGCGAAUUAUGGUUAUCCGUUCGUUAAAGGGGCUAUGACAAGGCCCAACUUAUGUUAAUUACUCUUUUUUUAGUCUUUCUGAUGCAAAGUUGUCUUUUGAUAUUAAUAUCUCAUACACAAUUAUAUGUCUGACCAAACAUUAGGAGACUGACUCGAAGAUCUGAUUAUUUAAGAAUGUCCAAAUUGAUACAAAUGCAUGUCCUAAAUUUAUAU